GUAAACAAUACACGUGACACGUGGGUAAAUAAAUAAAUACUUCUACAGCAAUCAGUGAGAGGGAAUAUUUAGACCUUAUGCCAGCAGCAUAUAUUCUAGUAAUCUAGUAUUGCUUUAUCUUUAUCACAAACUCAGUAAACAUGGGCUGCAUUUGCUGUGGUGAGCGAAUGUCCACAUGGUAUUAUGCAUUGAUUCUUAUGGGAUGUUACGGUGUCGGAGAACUUGGGCAUUUUAUUAUUGGGAUUAUUUCAAAACCUAUCUCACAAGAACUGCAAUUUGGAGAAAAGGGCUGUGUGACAAAUAUUUCAAUAAUUGAGCAAAACGUUGCUAAACAAAACAAAUGUAGUCAACAAAAUUUUGAUUUGUGUGAAAAAGUUUACUAUGAGAACCAGACAUACUGCAGAUGGGAUUAUACAGGAUCUGGGAUUGAAUACCAAAUAUUAGCUGGUCCUUCAUUUAUUGCUAUUUUUACCGUCAUGGGUAUUAUGAUUGGGGUGUUGGGUGAUAAAUACAACAGAGUAAGAUUGUUAACUGGGUGUAUACUUGUAUAUUCAACAAUGGCAUUACUCAGUGGUUUCAGCACAACAUAUUGGCAACUUAUCAUUUUUCGACUUGGAUUUGCAGCAGGGGAAGCUGGAUGUGCUCCAUUAUCAGCAAGUAUCAUUGCUGAUAAGUUCAGUAAAAGCAGCAGAGCUCUUGCAAUGAGUGUGUUUAACUGGGGAAUAUAUCUUGGUUAUGGUUCAGCGUUUGCAGUUGGAAACUAUGUCACAGAAGCUAAUAUAAUGGGAAAGGGUUGGAGAUGGUCAUAUUAUCUGACAGCAAUACCAGGAUUCAUAAUGAUGGUUAUUGUUUUCAUAACCAUUCGAGAACCAAAUCGAAAAGUAAUUGGAAAAGAGAAGGCAAUUAAUGAUAAAAGUGAAAUGAAGGAAAAAAAAGAUUCAACUGAAGUUUUCAUAGAAAAGAAUAAUAAAAUCAACACAAAUGUUGGUAUUUUAUCAAAAUUGUGGAAAACUUUAAAGUUAUUCAUUUCCCAACCUACAAUACUUAUGUUGCUUCUUGCUGCAGCAGUCAGACAUACAGCAAGUUUCUGUUGGGCUUACAACACCCAGUUAUAUUUCAAUCAUUACUUUCCCAACACAAAUGUUGGUAUAUGGAUGACCUUAUGUUCUAUAGUAGGGGGAAGUAUUGGUAUUGCAUCUGGGGGUCUCAUUUCUGAUCUUGUUGUGUCACGUUAUGGCAUCAGUACAAGGUUAUGGGUGCUGGUUGUCAGCCAAGGAAUUGCUGCACCACUUGCUGCUAUGGUGCUCUACCUUGAACCACCUUAUUGUUUUAUUGCAUUACUAUCUGCAUAUAUAUUUGCUGAGAUGUGGUAUGGUGUUGCUGUGACAGUUAUAGUUGAAUUGGUACCUGUUAAAAUCCGUUCUACAGCUGUUGGUAUGUAUGGAUUUGUUUUGGGAAACGUAGGUGGAAAUCUACCUGUCAUAGUCACCAAGCUGAAACAUAUCAAUUCUGGUGGACUUAGAUUUGCUCUCUACAUCAUGUACCCAGGAGGAUAUUUGUUAAGCUCUUUGUUGUUUCUCGCAACACAACUACUUGUCAUGAAAGAAAAUAGAAAAGAAACCCCACAAUUAAAAGAAGAAAAAAUUGAAUUAGAACAAUUAAAGUCACCUUAACCAAUAUGGAAUCUCAGCAUAUAAGAUGUAAUUUUUAAUUUAUAUAUUUUAGGUGCAAUGUUUUAAUACUUAUUAUGCUUACCUCAUUUUAAUUGUUCGUUGCCUUUUUAUGCAUAAUUAUCAUUGCUUGCCAAGUAAAAAUGUGUCUGCUAAAGAAAUAUAGCACAGAAUUCUACAAUUUUUGAUGGUAUAUUUGCAUACUAAGAACACCUAAAAAUGCAUGAGAAUAAAUAGCAACAAUAUGCC